AUGCCUCGUGAUCUGUCUGCCCUGGCUAAUGAGAAUACCCUCUCAGGCAUGGCAGGUCUCUCCAAAUCCAACAAAGCAACCAACAUCGAACGCGAACCGCCAAUGGACGCCUCCGACGACGGACACACGAGCGAUGCCUCACAGCCCAACCGACUGCGCGACGACAUCCAUCCCUACUGCCAGACACUGUCGUUGUCAGACGUCGAGAGCUGCACUCGCCUGGAGGAAGCCACCUUCCCGCCGCAGGAAAGAUGUACUCGAGAAAAGUUCGAAUACCGCCUGAGGAACUGUGGCGAACUCAGCAUGGGCAUCUUCACCUCGCUAAAGGAUUCCAAUCUCCCAACAGGAGAGACAUCGGCCCCUGUGUACAGCGGUGCUCCUGAACGCAAAGCCGUGCUUCUCGGUCACAUCGUCGCCACCAAGACAACGACGCUGGUUGUGACCGAUGAAGACAUGGCCUACCCUACACCGCAAAACCCGGACCCAAAGUUGGGCCACAAGGAGGAGGGCCGGACGGUGUGCAUCCACAGCUUGGCCAUCUUACCCCAAUACCAAGGAAAGGGACUCGGCAAGACGCUGUUGAAGGCUUACCUGCAGCGGAUAGAGAACCAGUCAGUGGCGGACAACGCGGCGCUCAUCGCACACGAACAUCUCAUACCGUAUUAUGAGAAGCUGGGGUUCGAGAAUAAAGGCCCAAGCAAGGCGCAAUUUGGUGGUGGUGGGUGGUACGACAUGGUCAAGCAGCUCCAGCCCAGUCAGAACAUUACGAGUUAG